UAGAGAAACUCGUUGGCAGUGGUUGUGAUGGGGGUUUGGACAGCGCCCAGGCCAGUAGGAUGGUUGGAAGACAUUGUGUUGUUGUUACACAAAGAUGUCCACAGAAGUUUCCUUGUCGUUGGGAGAAGAGAGGAAGAAGUGUGAAGGUAGAAACAACGAGGAGAGAACUAAUAAUCUUCAAGGCGCAGAUCGUCAGGACAACAUACAAGUGAAGUGCGAGCGUCACUUUCACAGGCGACUUUCACUCGCGCCGGGAAAUUCACACCACGCCUCUCGAUGUGCCUUCUUCUUUUCCUGACCUUCCUCCAACUUCUCUCAAGAACAAACAACAUGUCGGAGUCAUUCCCCGACUUCGAAGACGUGGACGACAACGACGACUACGACGCCGAGCAGUACUUCGAUAGCAGCGCCGAUGAUGACCUUGGAGUCGAGACACUGGACAGCAUCUUCGCGGCCCCUCCUCAGAACCCUCAUAUUGAGCUCGUCAUUCUGCUGGCCAAGGGCAAUCCAGUGGCCCAUGUCUCCAAGAUCGAGUUCGAAACCGUAGCAAAGCCUACCGGCGUCCUGUACAACGAGGUCGAACUCUGCAAGGGCGCCCAAUUCAGACAGUACAACUACGAUGUCGACGCCUCUGUCCUUCACUUCCUGGCCCACUGGAUCUGUUACCGCAGCCCGAGCAUCGCUAUCAAGUAUGCUUUUGGCGACAAGGUCUCAAAUGACAACGACAACGCUCACGACGACGACUCGCUCGACGAAAACCAGCGUCUCUUCCUUGUCGAACUCAUCAACUUCUUCGCCAACGAGGAUGCGUUCCAGCCCGUCAUCAAGGACUCCCUGGUCUCUUGUUUCGCCAAAUGUCUCAAAGCCCAGGACCGGAAGGGAAAGAUCGUACUGGCCGAGGUCCUCAAGAAUGCUUGUGCAGACAACGUCUUCAAGCACAUUGCCACUGACAUCUUUGUCGCUCUUUCGACCUGA